AUGAUUUUUGUAGCUCUGAUAUUUUCCGCGUUUGGAUUGCUGCUUAAGGCUGCAGAUGUUUCGAGCACGACAAAACAUCAGAUGAAUCAUGUCACCCAAAGAGACAACAAAACACCGGUCGAUAAUAUCACUGCAUCUACCAACUGCCGGCGCCAUGUGCAUUUCAACAAUUUCUACCAAUACUACUCACAACCAAACAGCGCAAUCAAAGCUAAGCUUGGCAAAGUAGAAAACCAACUGGACGACAUACAGAAAAAGAUCGAGUCUCUGGUAGCGCUGGUCAACUCUUCUCUAUCCAAGCUGACGAUAAUUAAGUCCAAUGAGACAGACGAGAAACCUACGCCAGUGACACCACUGGGUACAGGUGGGUACUAAAGAGUGGAAAUUAACUUGUAUCCUAAAAAACGACGCGGCUGAGAACGAGGGCGGCUUUAGGCAACUUAUAAUUAUAGAAAUUCGAUUAGUUCAGUUUGCAGAGACUGGAGUCUGUUUCGUCGGGACUCGGUACUUCAAGACGAAGUACUAUAUAUCUCAAAAAAGCUGUGGUACAUUUGUUUAGUUUUGUUUGCCAUUUCUUGUUAAUAGGAGUGUUGCAUUGCCUUUUACAGUUAAGAAGAGCUGUGCUGACUUUUACAAAUCUGGUCAAAGGAAGAGUGGUGUCUAUAAAAUUAAACCCGACGGUCUAGGCCCUUUUGAUGUGUUCUGUGACCAGAAAACAGCCGGUGGAGGUUGGACCGUGAUCCAGAAGAGAUUGGAUGGUUCAGUUAAUUUCAACCGAGUAUGGAAGGACUACAAAAAUGGCUUUGGAAACCUGAAUGGCGAGUUUUGGCUUGGACUCGACAAAAUCCACCGGCUAACGAAAACGAAAAACAAAGUUCGGGUGGAAUUGCAAGACUGGAGUGGAAAUUCUGCUUACGCCGAAUACAGCUUCUUCGCUGUUGCGAGUGAAAAAACUAAGUACAAAAUGAGCCUCGGAUCCUAUUACGGUAAUUUCGUAGGCACUUGUUGUAAAUCAUAAUUCAUACGUUUGAAGUUCUUAAGGAGGUAACAUUUUUGCUCGACUCCUUUCGACAAGAAGUCAAUAUGAUUUUACUGUGGUCCAUUAGAUUUGAUCCGGGUUACGAGACGUUAAGCAGCAACAACAAUUAACCCUAAGAACUAAUAAUUUUUUCCUUCGUUUUCCCUUUUUUUCUGGGAGAAAAUACUAGUGAUUCCUCUUCUAACCCAAAUACUCCUUCUAUCCAAAUGAAGCAACUAUACACGGGCACAAAGUCAGUGAAACAAAUGCGAUUUCCUUAGCUACGAAAGAGAGCACUUUGGAAUUUAGUCUAUGUACCUAUUGUAGUUUUGGACCAGCAUUUUUACUUACUUCUAAUGCAACAACCGUAGUGGAUUCCCAAACAGAGUUGCUGAAACUAGAAAUUUGUCAUACUUCGUUUCUGAAGCGUGGAGUAAUAAUUAUAGCUAUUUUGUUUCCUUUGGCGUAUUUUCGAACCCCAACUAGCAGUAUUAACAGUUUGAAAUGUACCUCGUACUCUUCGAGAGGUUACUCUACAGUCUUACAGGAAAGAAUAGCUUAAGGUAGGUUUUUUUGUGUGCUUUGCAUUUUCAGGAAACGCAGGUGACUCUUUAGGAUUUCACCGUGAUUCUUUCUUUACAACCAAGGAUCGCGACAACGACAAACAAGGAGGGAGCAACUGUGCUGUGAACUACAAAGGAGGAUGGUGGUUCAACGGCUGUGUGACUGCUAGUCUGAAUGGCAUUUAUUAUCGCGGCAAGCACUCAUCUGACCAUGACGGUAUUAACUGGCGCGCCUGGAAGGGACGUCACUACUCGGCUAAAAGAGCUGAGAUGAAGAUAAGACCAGUUGAUUUCUAAAGCACAUCGUUACAAGAAGCAAAGGCAAAGUAAAAGAUAGGGAGUCUUCGAUGUGUUUAAAUAAAAC